AUGGGUUUGGGCAAAGUUGCUGUCAAGAUACGCGGCGCCGAGUGCGGCAUUGAAGCCAUCAUACUUGGAGUGAUUACUUCGAUAGGUGGUUUCCUGUUUGGUUAUGACACGGGUCAAAUUUCUGGAAUGCUCAUCUUUGAGGAUUUCAUUCAGCGAUUCGGACAGGACCAGGGCAAUGGCGAGAAGGCUUUCAACCCCACGAUUCAAUCCUUGCUCGUUUCCCUCAUGUCCAUCGGUACCCUCAUCGGCGCACUUGCUGGUGCCUACACUGCUGAUUGGUUCGGUCGUCGACGCAAUCUGACCGUUGGUGUGGCCAUAUUCGUUAUUGGCAACAUCAUCCAGGUCACCGCGAUGACCACUUGGGUACACAUGACAGUUGGUCGCAUUGUCGCAGGUCUUGGUGUCGGUAUCCUGUCUAUUGGCGUACCAAUGUACCAAUCUGAAGUAUGCCCUCGAGAGAUUCGUGGUGCCGUCGUCGCAUCUUACCAACUCAUGAUCACUGUCGGAAUUCUCAUCUCCAACAUCAUCAACUACGGAGUCCGCGACAACCCAGGCGAGGAUAGCGAUGCUGCCUGGAGGAUCGUUAUCGGCUUGGGAAUCGGCUUUUCCAUUCCUCUUGGUGUCGGUGUACUUUUCACACCGGAGUCUCCAAGGUGGUUGGCGGGUAAAGGACGAUGGGAAGAGGCACGCAUGUCAAUGGCCCGUCUCCGAGGCCUUGUGCAUGACCCCAACCACGAGCUGGUCAACUCGGACUUCAAGGAGAUGGAGGAUUCCAUCAACGAACAACAGAGCGCUGGACAAGGUACCUGGAUGGAAUGCUUCACUGGCCAGCCAUCCGGCAUUCCGCUUCUUGCUUACCGAACCCUUCUCGGAUGUGCUCUGCAAUUUUUCCAGCAGUGGACCGGUGUCAACUACUUUUUCUACUACGGAGCGACCAUCUUCCAGUCGGCAGGUAUUGACGACCCUCUCCAGGUUCAACUCAUUCUUGGCGCUGUCAAUGUAGUCAUGACCAUUCCUGGAUUAUGGCUCAUUGAGCGAGUUGGUCGUCGUGUGCCUCUCGUCGUUGGUGGUCUGUGGCAAGCUGUCUGGCUGCUGAUUUUUGCUAUCAUCGGUGUCGUGCUACCGCCACAGGACAACCCGGCCGCUGGUAUUGUUAUGAUUGUCGCUGCUUGCAUGUUCAUCGCAAGUUUCGCCUCUACCUGGGGGCCUUUCAUUUGGGUUAUCAUUGGAGAGACGUUCCCACUCCGCACUCGCGCGAAGCAGGCCUCUUUGGCUACUGCUUUCAACUGGCUCGGCAAUUUCUUGAUCGGUUUCCUUACACCGUACGCUGACGACGGUAUCGGCUACGCCUUCGGUUUCGUCUUCUUCGCAUGCAACUUCGUUGCGGCGGGUAUCGUUUACUUCUUCGUAUUCGAGACCAAAUCAUUGUCUUUGGAGAAUGUCGAUAUCAUGUACUCGGACCCAAGCAUAUCGGCUAGGACCAGUAAGAAGUGGGUCCCAGCUGGAUACAUCAGCCGUAACGAACGUGACGACACUUAUUGGGAGCGUCGUCACAGUGCUGUUGGUGCUACUGGUGCUGCUGCAUCGGAGAAGGUCGGCGACAAAGAUGUUGAUACUUCGCCUGAGAGGGGCAUGUCAACGCACCACGAGAGGGUUUAA